AUGUGGACAAAUCCAAAGAAUGGACAUUGUUUAGAUUAUGUUCAUAACACAACAAUUGUACCAAAAGAAAAAGAUGAUUGUAUCUUCAUUCACAAAUGUGCAUUGAUCAGACGAGGUCAACAUUAUUUGUGUCCAUGUACAGGUAAUGGCUGUCGUGCUCAUUUCCAUCGCUAUUGUGGUUCAACUAAUGUCUCAUUAUUUGCUUAUCCACCUGGGCGUAUAUUCACACCAUUUGUUGAGACUUAUUACAAAAGCAAUGAGCACAAUUUUGAUCGUAAUGUAUGGCCCGAUGUUUUCAUUUUCACUCGUAGUAUUAAAUGUAAUAAUGAAAUGCGAGCAACACCGAAUACAACAAACCAACAAGAUUGGCUCUACAAUGAAGCGGUAGUAGUCACAUAUGUAAGAGUAAAAUAUAUGCAUCCAUUAGAGGUGCUUUUGUGUGAGAAGCAUGAAUCUAUCAAUGCGAAUCAAACAAACUACGGAAAUUGUUGGAAUGACACGUAUCCCAAUCAAGCCAAACAUUGUCCAAAUUCAAUACCAUAUGAUUGUAUCUCAAAAUAUCAUGUCAAAGAUGGCAUUCGUGAUUGUGCACAUACGGAAGAUGAGAAAACGGAUCAUUGGUUUGAAGAUUAUUCAUCAAUUCAGACGCAUCGUUUUCGAUGUUCAGAAACUGAACAAACUUGUUUGACACCUUUGUCAAUUGGAAAUAAUCUUCCUGAUUACACAAACACUACCGAAAAAGUUAAUAACUCGAUGAAAUUCUGGGAUUAUUGUAAUUCUUAUUGGGACAAGGGUUAUGGUGCCGAUGAAAUUGACUGUCAUCAAUGGAAAUGUCCAUCGCAUUACUCCAAUCGACGAUUUUAUCAAUGUCGAACAGGCCAAUGCAUUAACGAAGAUUGGUUGUGCAAUGGGGAUUGGGAUUGCUCAGAUGGAUCUGAUGAAGAAGGCAUUCAGCUAUUAACAGAGUACACUAUUGGUGAACAUAAUUUGAAAUUAUUUCAGUUACUAGGAACAAAUUUAACUGAACAGCAACGUCGAUGUUCGAAAGAGAAUUCAGAACGCCCAUUCAUACAAUUUUGUGAUAUCAAGACUGAAUAUCCUUGUUUGUUGGCGAAUGUAGAUGAUGCAUUGAACUUUCUAUUAAAUCGACCAUGUAUUAAUCUAACGCAACUGGGUGAUGGUCGUGUUGAUUGUUAUGGCGGCCAGUCACUUGUACGAUGCUUCUGUCCACCAAGUUAUUAUGGAAAUCGGUGUGAAUUCAUGAGUGAUCGAGUAACAGUGUUUAUUCGCUUUGAAAAUCAGACUAAUGGUUUGUCAAAAGGUGUCAUCAAAAUAUUAGCUCUACUCGUUGUUAUUGUCAAUGAUACAUCAACAGUUCUCGAUCAUCAUGAAGUUCAUUUUACAUCAGCACUUGACAAUUUUAAAGAGAAACAGAAAUUCUAUUUUGUUUAUCCUCGACCUCAUCAAUUACGAUCAAAUACACAUCGAUAUAUCGCUCGUUUUGAAGC